GUUCAAGUGCUGUCCGGUCGGAUUGCUGUCAGAAUGUGUUAAUUUUUGCGGAAAUUUCCUGUGUUGCAUUCACGCUAGCCGUCCAAAAUGAAGUUUGCCGAACACCUGUCGGCUCACAUUACGCCAGAAUGGCGAAAACAGUACAUCAUGUACGAGGAAAUGAAAGCUCAGUUGUAUGCAGCCGUGGAACAGUCACCAUCAGCUGAGCUGGUGGACCCGGAAGAACUGACCAGAUAUUUUGCCAAAUUUGAUGAACAAUUCUUUCAUUAUUGUGAUAGCGAGCUAGCCAAAAUCAAUACAUUUUAUUCAGAAAAACUUGCAGAAGCCACCAGAAAGUUCGCCAAUCUACGGUCGGAACUUAGCGAAACGCUCGAACUCGAGGAGAGUACCAAAAAGAAAAAGGACAAUCUUCAUCGUGUCAAAAAGAAUCUGCUACGAAAGAAAAAUGUUUCGGUGCGGAAAAUCCAAGAACUGAAAUUGGCGUUUAGCGAGUUCUAUCUGAGUUUGAUAUUGCUACAGAACUACCAGAAUCUUAACUUCACCGGUUUUCGGAAGAUACUGAAGAAGCAUGAUAAACUGUUGAACGUUGACUUCGGCGCCCGGUGGCGCACGGAAAACGUGGAAUCAGCACACUUCUACACCAACAAAGACAUCGAUCGGUUGAUCCAUGAGACGGAAAGUAUCGUCACAAAUGAAAUCGAGGGAGGUGACCGGCAGAGGGCUAUGAAGCGACUUCGGGUGCCGCCUUUGGGAGAACAGCAAAGUCCUUGGACGACCUUCAAGGUGGGACUGUUUUCCGGAUCGUUGGUAGUUCUGUCAGUGGCUGUCGUGCUCUCUGCCAUGUUUCGUGUCCGAGGAGAUGACUGGAUAACGGCCUUCCGUUUGUACAGAGGUCCUCUGCUACUGGUGGAGUUCCUUUUCCUGUGGGGCAUCAACGUGUAUGGAUGGCGAUCGUCAGGAGUAAAUCAUGUGCUUAUAUUCGAGCUUGAUCCUCGAAACCAUCUCUCCGAACAACAUAUCAUGGAAUUGGCCUCGAUUUUCGGGGUUAUUUGGACGUUAAGUGUACUGAGUUUUCUCUACGCGGAUUCUCUGGGAAUUCCGGCUUAUUUGAGUCCACUGGCCCUGUACAUAUUGAUGGCAGCUUUUCUUUUAAAUCCUACCAAAACCUUCCGCCAUGAGGCUCGAUUUUGGACAGUGCGAAUUAUCAGUCGCAUAGUGCUAGCGCCAUUUUUCUACGUCAAUUUUGCCGAUUUCUGGUUGGCGGAUCAGCUGAACAGCGUGGUUCCGGCAUUUCUUGACAUUCAGUAUUUCCUAUGCUUUUACUCAACUAUUACCAACUGGCACCGGGCGGAAGAUCCGAACCAGUGCAUCAACAAUUCCCUCUGGAUUCGACCGAUAGUGGCUAUGCUGCCGGCUUGGUUUCGGAUGGCUCAAUGUUUGCGACGGUUUCGUGAUACUCGUGAUGUUCAUCCGCAUUUAGCCAACGCCGUCAAGUAUUCGACAUCGUUCUUCGUGGUGGCGUUUUCUUCGCUAACGCAGGCCACCUUGGAUAAGUACGAGAAAAGUACCGACAAUCCCUGGUUCUACAUGUGGAUCAUCGCAUCGAUCGUGUCGUCGUGUUACGCGUACACCUGGGACAUCAAGAUGGACUGGGGUUUGUUCGAUUCAAAGUCCAGCGAUAAUAAGUUUCUGAGGGACGAAGUAGUGUACGGAUCAAACUGGUUCUACUAUUUUGCUAUCAUCGAAGAUUUGAUUCUACGGUUUGGCUGGACACUUUCUAUGAGCUUAAUUGAGAUGGGUUACAUUGACCGGGAAAUCAUCGUUUCGAUUUUGAGCCCACUGGAAGUAUUCCGGAGGUUUAUUUGGAACUAUUUUCGGUUAGAGAACGAGCAUUUAAAUAACUGUGGUAAUUUUCGAGCAGUGCGUGAUAUCUCCGUUGCCCCGAUGGAUUGUUCCGAUCAGACAACGAUUCUACGCAUGAUGGACGAAGAAGAUGGCGUUCGCAACCGGCGAACCUUGAAGAAAGUGUUAGGCAAAAAGAAAUCCGAGCAAAGACUUCUGCUGCGCGAAGCCGAUUCAACGGAAGAUUUGGAAAUAAAUCAGAACCACAGCCAGGAUCGAAACAGGAAGGUACAGUGGCAAUUGUAAGCAACGGUUCAAAACUGUCGAAAAUUGGAUCAUUCGAAACAAUCAUUGAAAUCCUCCAUCCCGAAUCCCAUUUCCCUUUGCACUUUGCACGACAUCCAUGGACUGCACACGCCUCUUCCGAGCACAAUCGCAUUCUUUACAAUGAGAUUGGGGACAUGCAGCAGCAGCAUCGUUUGUAGUAGAAUAUUGGCAAACAUAAUUGUGUGACAGAUUUACCGCUUCAAAGCGGAACUCAAUCAGGAGAUCAAUUAUGUAAGGACGUACCACGUGAAUAGAGAAUAGAGACAUUUGUGUAUAGAGAUUAAAGUUAUUUUUUAGGCAAACAUAAGGAUAAUAAAGAUGGAUUAUAUCGUAUAUUUAAAUAUG